CAUUCAGUCUCCUGUUUGUCUUGAAAUGACCGAAAUGUCUGAAAAAACUUGCCUUGCGAGGGCUCUUUCAGCGACUCUACCAACGCCUUCAACUCCUAGCAGCAAAGGUUGCGCUUGGAAAGAAGCAAGGGUCCUGGUUAUCAACACCGGGGGCACAAUUGGAAUGAAAAUCCAUGAUGGUGUGUUGAGUCCAGAGGCCAAUGCCCUUGUGAACUUCUUGAAGUCCCUGCCCAUCAUGCAUGAUGAGCAGUAUGCCCAGGACACCAAGCUCUAUGAGCGGUAUGCCCCCGCUGACAACACCAUGGUGCUCCCGCUCUCCAAGCAGGAACAGCGGGUUGUUUACACUGUGAUUGAGUACUCCCCCUUGCUGGACUCCAGCAACAUGAGCACCAAGGACUGGGCAAAAAUAGCCGAAGACAUUGAGGAAUACUAUGAGGAGUACGAUGGCUUUGUGAUCCUGCACGGCACGGACACUAUGGCCUACACGGCCUCUGCUCUCUCCUUCUUGUGUGAGCACCUGGGAAAGCCAGUCAUCCUCACUGGAUCUCAGAUCCCGAUCUUUGAGAUGAGAAACGAUGGCAGAGCCAACCUGCUUGGAGCCCUUCUCAUUGCUGGACAGUACAUGAUCCCAGAGGUUUGUUUAUACUUCCAUUUCAAGCUGUACCGAGGGAACAGGGUCACUAAAGUGGAUGCAGAAAGUUUUAACGCCUUCACCUCCCCAAACCUCGAACCGUUGGCCAACGCUGAAGGGGACAUCAAAAUCAACUGGGAUACUGUAUUGAAAGCCGACACCUGUGCCAAGUUUAGAGUGAACUCGGAGUUGAAUCGCAAUGUCGGCCUCCUGCGACUGUUCCCUGGCAUCACCACAGAGACGGUGAGAGCUUUCCUGCAACCACCAAUGGCAGGGGUUGUUUUGGAGACCUAUGGUAGCGGUAACGCGCCAGACAGUCGCACGGACCUCCUGGCAGAGCUUACGAAAGCCACGGACAGGGGCGUCAUCAUCAUCAACUGCACUCAGUGUCUCACGGGGACUGUGGUCAUGACAUAUGCCACUGGGAAGGCCCUUGUUGACGCUGGUCUAAUUUCCGGCGGUGAUAUGACUCCCGAGGCGGCUCUGUCUAAGCUGUCAUAUGUGUUGGCCAAGGACAUUUCCCUACAGGACAAGAAAGAGCUGCUGAAAUCUAAUCUGCGCGGUGAGCUGACCGCUAACAUCCAGGGAGCCUGCCUGAGCGACAGCCGCUUCAUACAACUCAUCGCCCAGUUCCUCAGCAUCAGCUGCAAGGAGGAGCUGGAGGCUAUCCGAAAUGCUCUGACCCCGACGUUGGCCUGCGCUGCCGCUAAGAUCGGCGAUAUCAAGGCCUUGGAGGCCAUCAGGGAAAUGGGCGGCAAUUUGAGCAUGGAGGGCAAUGACGGGCGGACCCCGCUGCACAUCGCCACGUGCGAGGGUCACCUGAAGGUGGUGGAGUAUCUGCUGAGUCAGGGGGCCAACGUCUACGCCAAAGACAGCUACGGCGACACGCCAUUGCGUUGCGCUGUGCGCUUCAGGCGCAAAGAUGUUGUGAGACUUCUGAGGAAGACUGGUGCACAUCUCUCCCCAUCUGAGGUGCAGGGCGUAGGAACAGAGAUGUGCAGUUAUGCAGCCCAAUCGGACAUUGAGGGGCUGGAGAUAUGGGCUCUAGCUGGUAUGGACCCCAACCUGCCCGGCUAUGAUGGGAAGACCCCUCUCGAAGUGGCUUCAGCAGCUGGGAACCAGCGGGUCAUGGAUUUUUUCCAGAACCUUAAAGACCUUGUGGUUUAGGAUGCGAGAGACCCCAUUUCGGGUCACUAGAGACUUCAUUGAGUUCCCUGCCAAGACAGACAGUCCAUAAUGUCUCUGUCUCUCUUCUGGUCCUCUUCUCACCGCCCCGUCCAAAAGCGCAGGUGUCUUCCUCCCGUCCCAAUGCCUGCUGUCAGCGCAAUCAGUUAUCUACAAGUCAUCCUACUCCAUCCAAAAGGCAGGCAGAACAACGGUCAAAAGGAUUGUUUUAAUGCAAAGUGAAUCCUUUUUGAAAAUAUUGUGAUCUGAGAAAAUAAAUCAU